AUGACGAUCUCGGUCACGGUUGCUGGUGUUACUGACACUCUCAAGCCCGAGCACGAAAAGUAUGGAAAAGCGCUGAAUGAGGUUAUGGAAACAAUGAACGAAGUGAUCAGGAUCAUAAGUACUCCUGAGUUUGAAACGAUGGAUGGUUGGAAGUUGAAAAAGGAAAACAAACAUGACAAAGUCUUCUCCAAGAGAUUUCCGAUAGGAAAAAUUUUUACACUCAGGACAGAACUAGAUGCACCACGUGAACAUCUAUUCACGGAGCACUGGGAUAACUUCACGCAAACCGCUUACUUAAACAAAAACACUUCGCUGGCAGAAAAAGUAGCUGUGCUUUCGAAGCAUGCUGAAAUCCUGCACGUAAGUUAUUCAAAAAUGUUACAUGAAUAUAGUGCAGCGGCUGAAUAG